AUGGAAUCUCAGGAUAACGGCACUAGUGAAGAAGUUGAAAAUUUGUCUAAUACUUUGAACCAAAUUGUUCGACGUAUCGCUGGUCAGUUGGAAAUUAACAUGCUUCCAGAUCCACUCAAGUCUACAAAUCAUCUAUCUACUUUUCCUCAAAGUCAUGAUACUCGUCUCUACAAAUUGAUAAGAGACUGCAUGAAUCCACAAUCAGAUUAUAAGACCGUUCGACAAUCUGCUAAAGAUGCUCUCAAACGUAUCGAGCAAAUUGCUCCAUCAUCAUCGGAAACAUUUUCCAUUCUUAUUCGUAGGAUUAGUUUGACAAUUAUUAAUAAGGAUUUAAUACCUUUUCUUGUGACUAAGCUCAAAUCGGCACACUCCGAAUUACAAAGUGAAAACUCUAUUGUUGCACAUGAGUUGUUUAAGGAUAUUUCAUCUAGAUUUCCUGCAAUUCUUAAACCACACGUUGACCAAUUAAUAAGAGCGCUUAAGGAAGAUGAUGAUUUAUUAAUAGUUGACGAUAGUUUGGAAGCUCUUUCUAAAUUGUCAAUAUCUUUUCCCGAUGAAACACCGCAAGAUAAGUAUGUAAAGGCCCACAAUAGGGAAUCUAUACAACGCCUUAUGGAUUAUGCCCUUGAAGGGUCUUGCCUCCAAGCUAAAUUUGCUGCUAUUGUGCUAAGCCACAUUCGUCACAAACAACAAAUAUGUGGCGAGUUAUUAAAGAAAAUUGUGCCAAAACUUUCGAUAACGUCUCCGAACAUUUUAGCCCAUUUAUCUGUGCUAAGCCAAUGUGUACUUUAUUCUCCAAAAAUUUAUGAAGAAAAGGGUGAUGCUAUAACUAAUUUCAUUGUUAAACAACUCAUCAUGAAUUCAAAUCAUAAAGCUACUAUUGAAUCCGAAGUUGAUUGGGUUGACGAUGAUGAGCUUGAUGAUGAGUACAGAGGCAGCGGCCAAUGUUGCAAAGCCGGUUUUCAAAUUGCUAUGGACGUUGAUCCGUGGAGAGCUGCUAAAUCUAAGGUUCAAUCUAUGGUUAUCGACUCUGAUAGCAGCGAAAAUGACGACAUGGACGAAGAUACUGACGAUUCGUAG